AUGGCCAUCAAGAACUUUGCCGUCAUCGGUGCCUCCGGCAACCUUGUGACAGCCAUCUUCCGAGAAUCCUCCACAUCCACCUUCCCUACCGAAGUCCAAGUCCGCAAGGCCGACCUGUCAUCACUUGAGUCCUUGACCAAUGCUUUUUCCGGUCAAGAUGCCGUAGUAUGCACCAUCGCCACCUCCGAGGCCGGCAACCAGAAGAUCCUAGCGGAUACGGCUGUAGCAGCCGGCGUGAAGCGCUUCAUCCCGUCCGAGUUCGGGUUCAACACCAGGCCAGGCAAGAUUUCGCACCCCGUCAUUGAAAAGCUGCCGUAUAUGGUGGUCAAGAAGGAGACGGUUGAUUAUCUGGAGGAGUUGACGGCGAAGAACCCUGGGUUCACUUGGACGGGGUUGGCGACGAAUAUGUGGUUGGAUUGA